UCAUCGUCCACCACUCACAUUUUUUAUCAUCAGAUCUCGAAUUGUAGCGUUUUUGAGGAUUUUCCGAAGACGAUUGCAACCCCAUGGAUAAAACGAUUCACAAGGUAUCCCUGCUUCGGAACAUCUCACAAACACUCGAAGCUGGAAACUUGUCCUACUAUUAAGAAUUCGAAUUUGCAGGUAUUCGAUGAUUCUUCUUUGCUGCAUAAAUCGUUCGUUGCGCCGAAUAAGUUCGAACAUCUCUCGAUUCAGCUCGCGACAUUUAUCAAGAUCGGAUCGAGUAAGAUAUCGGAGAACGUUCACCUGCAGCUCCUUGGGCAGCCGAUUCCAAGGAAAAUGAUCCUCAAUCAGUCAUGUUGA